CGAAGGCGGGUCCGCCUCUUUCCUACUUGCUGGUUGGCGAAGCUGACCUCCAAGGGCGGUGCCGCGCCGGGGCCAGUUUGCUCCUGGGAUUGGCUGGUGCGGUGGUUCCGCCGAGGUGUGGUAGGAAGUGGUAGCCGUCAAUCACGAGGGAGACUCCAAACAGUGAGCCUGGAGCUGUAGAACAGCGUUUACCGGCGGAGCGGCCGGUCUUAUGAACGAAACGAUGGCUACAGAUUCUCCUAGGAGACCCAGUCGUUGUACUGGUGGAGUUGUGGUUCGUCCUCAGGCUGUCACGGAGCAGUCCUACAUGGAGAGUGUCGUGACUUUUCUGCAGGAUGUGGUUCCACAGGCUUACAGCGGGACUCCCCUAACAGAAGAGAAGGAGAAGAUAGUCUGGGUCAGAUUUGAGAACGCAGAUCUGAAUGAUACAUCACGGAAUCUAGAAUUUCAUGAACUGCAUAGCACUGGAAAUGAGCCCCCUCUGCUGGUUAUGAUUGGCUACAGUGACGGAAUGCAAGUCUGGGGCAUCCCUAUCAGCGGGGAAGCCCAGGAGCUCUUCUCUGUUCGACAUGGCCCAGUCCGAGCAGCUAGAAUCUUGCCUGCUCCACAGUUGGGUGCUCAAAAGUGUGAUAACUUUGCUGAGAAAAGACCUCUUCUUGGUGUUUGUAAGAGCAUUGGAUCUUCAGGGACAACACCACCGUACUGCUGUGUGGAUCUGUAUUCACUGCGUACUGGGGAAAUGGUGAAGUCUAUUCAGUUUAAAACACCCAUUUAUGAUCUUCAUUGCAAUAAGCGGAUCCUCGUCGUAGUCUUGCAGGAGAAAAUCGCUGCCUUUGAUAGCUGUACUUUCACAAAAAAAUUUUUUGUCACAAGUUGUUAUCCUUGUCCUGGGCCAAACAUGAAUCCCAUUGCUCUUGGGAGCCGCUGGCUUGCUUAUGCAGAAAACAAGCUGAUUCGAUGUCACCAGUCCCGUGGUGGAGCCUGUGGAGACAACAUCCAGUCAUACACUGCCACAGUCAUUAGUGCUGCGAAAACAUUGAAAAGUGGCCUGACGAUGGUUGGGAAGGUGGUGACUCAGCUGACAGGCACACUGCCCUCAGGGGUGACAGAAGAUGACGUUGCCAUCCACAGCAACUCAAGACGGAGCCCCUUGGUGCCAGGCAUCAUCACAGUCAUAGACACUGAGACAGUUGGAGAGGGCCAGGUGCUUGUGAGUGAGGACUCAGACAGUGAUGGCAUUGUGGCCCACUUCCCUGCCCACGAGAAGCCAGUGUGCUGCAUGGCUUUUAAUACUAGUGGAAUGCUUUUAGUCACAACAGACACUCUUGGCCAUGACUUUCAUGUCUUCCAAAUUCUGACUCACCCUUGGUCAUCCUCACAAAGUGCUGUCCAUCAUCUGUAUACUCUUCACAGGGGAGAAACAGAAGCCAAAGUUCAGGACAUCUGUUUCAGCCAUGAUUGUCGCUGGGUGGUGGUCAGUACCCUCCGGGGUACUUCCCACGUUUUCCCCAUCAACCCUUAUGGUGGCCAGCCUUGUGUCCGCACACACAUGUCACCACGAGUAGUGAAUCGCAUGAGCCGUUUCCAGAAAAGUGCUGGGCUGGAAGAGAUCGAGCAAGAACUGACAUCUAAGCAAGGAGGCCGCUGUAGUCCUGUUCCGGGCUUGUCCAGCAGCCCUUCCGGCUCCCCUCUGCAUGGGAAGCUGAACAGCCAAGACUCUUACAAUAACUUCACCAACAACAACCCCGGCAACCCCCGGCUCUCCCCGCUCCCCAGCCUGAUGGUAGUCACGCCUCUUGCACAAAUCAAACAGCCAAUGACCUUGGGGACCAUCACCAAACGGACAGGCAAAGUGAAACCACCUCCACAAAUUUCCCCGAGCAAAUCGAUGGGUGGCGAGUUUUGUGUGGCAGCAGUGUUUGGGACCUCCAGGUCGUGGUUUGCCAACAACGCAGGUCUGAAACGGGAAAAAGAUCAGUCCAAACAAGUUGUAGUUGAAUCUCUUUACAUCAUCAGUUGCUACGGGACCUUAGUGGAGCACAUGAUUGAGCCCCGACCACUCAGUACUGCUCCCAAGAUAAGUGAUGACACACCACUGGAGAUGAUGACGUCACCCCGUGCCAGCUGGACACUCGUUAGAACGCCCCAGUGGAACGAACUGCAGCCACCAUUUAAUGCGAAUCACCCUCUGCUCCUGGCGGCGGAAGCGGUGCACUAUUACCAGCUCCUGCUCGCUGGCUCGCUUCCCCCUGGAAGUCCCGGCCCCGUUACUCGCCAUGGGUCCUAUGACAGUUUAGCCUCCGACCAUAGUGGACAGGAAGAUGAAGAGUGGCUUUCCCAGGUUGAAAUUGUGACACACACUGGACCCCACAGACGCCUGUGGAUGGGUCCCCAGUUCCAGUUUAAAACCAUCCACCCCUCAGGCCAGACUACGGUCAUAUCAUCUAGUUCGUCUGUGUUGCAAUCUCAUGGACCUAGCGACACACCACAGCCACUCUUGGAUUUUGAUACAGAUGAUCUAGAUCUCAACAGUCUCAGGAUCCAGCCGGUCCGCUCUGACCCAGUCAGCAUGCCAGGGUCAUCUCGUCCAGUCUCUGAUCGAAGGGGAGUUUCCACAGUGAUUGAUGCUGCCUCAGGUACCUUUGACCGGAGCGUGACCCUGCUGGAAGUGUGUGGGAGCUGGCCUGAGGGCUUCGGGCUGCGGCACAUGUCGUCCGUGGAGCACACAGAGGAAGGCCUCCGGGAACGGCUCGCAGAUGCCAUGGCCGAGUCACCAAGCCGAGAUGUCGUAGGAUCCGGAACAGACACAGCCCCUGACGUAGCAGUCAAAAACAGCACCCCCGAGAGACACAUGGCUAUGAAGUGUUUGGGGAAAAAAAAAGGAAAAAAAAAACAAUGCCAACAGCCCAGCGCCCGUGAACAACCCGACAGUAACAAAGCAUGCGUUCGGGAUGGAGGAAGAGCUUCAGCGAGAGGGAAGCAUCGAGACUCUGAGUAACAGCUCAGGCUCCACCAGUGGCAGCAUCCCAAGAAACUUCGAUGGCUACCGAUCUCCGCUCCCUACCAACGAGAGCCAGCCACUCAGCCUCUUCCCCACUGGCUUCCCAUAGGCACCAGCCACCUGCUGCUGACUGGCUGGCCGAGCUAGAGGGACUGGGAGAAGCACCCCUCCCCACCCCGGCUCGCCUCUGGUCCUACCCUUCUCAGUCUCGGCUCCUUUUUCGUCAACCCCACCUUCCCUGAGCUUAGUGACAAGAGCUGCUGCUCAUCCUAUCUGGACGAGGAAAGACCUCCAGAAUACCCCGGCCUCUGCCACUCCUGUCACUGGGGGCUGUGGCCAAGAGACUGCAGAAGCUCGGUCCCUUCUCUCUUUGCACAUAAUGUCCCGCAUCGGAUCCGCUUUUGUAUUUUUUAACUGUACCCACAGGGGCACUGGAACAGUGGCCAGAUCUUCGGGCCUGGGUGGGGAGAAGUUGAAUGGUCCAGCCAGGCAUUUUGGUGGACAAUGUCAGCUAGCCCACUUCAGGCUGUGAUGCACGCUGCCCCCAGGGAUCCCUGCUCAGUUCCUUCCAAGACAGGAGUGAGCUGAAGCCCAGAGUGAUAGGGGAGGAAGAAGGAAGAGGCUCCCUUCGCCCCUCGCUUCCCUGUUGGCUCUUGGGGAGAAUUGUCUGUCGUACCUCUAAGCCCUUGUACCCUGGUCCUGUACUGUUCAGUGAAGGAAACUGGUUACUAAGGCCAUGUCAAAAGUGCACGUCUUGUCCAAUAAAUCACGCUGCAAUUGGUGUCCAUUCCUGA